AUGAUUGUAACGUAUUUUGUCUUACAGGACUCUGAUGUUGAUUUAUAUGUUGGAGCUGAUAACAGCAGUAACCUAUUCAAGGGAACAAUGGAUGAGGUCAGAGUCUGGGGUCUAGCUCUUCUGGACUCUGAGAUCGAGGAACACAUGCAGCUUGCUGGGCUGGACUGGCAGAAACACAAGAAGCUGCUUGAUGGGCACUAUACCAUGGAUAGCGAGAGUGAUGGUUCUACCAUGCUCGUUGACCAUUCCCUCUAUGAUAACCAUGGUUUGAUCGUAGGAGAAGCAGCGUUUGUUCCAAGUACUCUGGAUGCUUGGAGGUUUGAAAUCACGUACCCCGAUUCAAGGCGGAGAAGAAGACGGAGAAGCGCUGAUACGCAUACAGAAUUAUGAUCAAAACUCAAG